AUGAUCCAAAGCAAAAGUGUGCUUGCGCUAUCUAGCCUGUUUAGAACUUCUAAGGUCAUCUCUAGACCUGCAUCAUCCGUCGUUUCCGCGUUGGAGAAAAAGUACUAUCCAUACAUCGGAAAUAGGGAAAUCGUUGGAUAUGGGCGGAAUGGCAACCCUCAGUAUCUUGAUGAUCCCCACUUCCCAUAUCCAUCCAUCCGUUUUCGAGAAAACGACGAUGCUUUCGAAGCUUUGCGCAAAAAAGAAUUGGGCGACUGGAAUAAUUUAACUCUGGAUGAAAAGAAAGACCUUUAUCGUCAUAGCUUUCGUAUGACGAUUGCCGAAACUAAAGCUCCUCAUCCUCGCUGGAAGCUUUCCGUUGCAUGGGCGUGCUUCUUGAUGUCUGCGGCAAUGCUUUACCUUUCUUUCCUCAAUACUUUUAUCUUGGAUUUGCCGAAAAUGAAGUACGCUGAAAAAGACUACAAGGAAGCGCUUUUGUACAAACGUCUGUACAGCCGCGACGGUCCGAUUGAUGGAUUGUUUACUCGAAAUCCAUUCGUUUUGGCGACUUUUCGUCGCCUAUUUGCAACUCAAGCGGAAAUAAAGUCAAAGUUGGAGUCACGUUUUCCCAAAGCAGAAAAAAUUGAAGUUACCGAUAUCAGCGGUGGUUGUGGGGCGAUGUAUCAGAUCUUUGUGAAGUCCGAGGAUUUUGCCGGUAUGUCGGUCCUUGCCCAACAUCGGUCCGUCAAUGAGGCUUUAGGACCGGAAAUAAAGUCAAUGCACGGCCUAACUAUUUUGACGGAGGAGUAG